AUGCCUGGUCUACUCAACAGCCUCCUCGCCCAAACAGCGUUCCGCAACCCGCUCCUUCGAACUGUGGUCCCAUCAGUAGCUCUGGCCUACGGUAUCCAAGCCGCCUUCGCCGUCCCAUCUAUAGCCGCGCAAUCCGAGCGCUUCUACGACCUCUCCGGCAGCCUAACCUACCUCUCCUGCACUGCCUUCAGCCUCAGCCUGCCCUACCUGCGCGCUCGCGCCGCCGGCGCAGCCAGCGGCGGCCUUCUCGAGUACCUGAGAGCGCCAGCGCCGGGACAGGGCCUGUGGUUCUGGCGACAGGCUCUGCUGAGCGCUGCCGUGGGGAUCUGGGCUACGAGACUUGGUACUUAUCUGUUUAAGCGCAUCUCGGCCGACGGCCACGACUCCCGCUUCGACGAGAUCCGCAGGUCGCCGCCGAAGUUCUUUGGCGCGUGGAUGGCGCAGGCGACGUGGGUUUCGCUGUGUCUUAUGCCCGUUGUUGCGGUUAAUGCGCUUCCGCGUAGCGCGUUUAGCCUCUAUCGCUUUAAGAACGUGGGGGAUGCGUUUAGUGUCCUCCCUGUCGCGCCUUUUCUUACAGAUGCGAUUGGUAUAGGGUUGUUUGUGUUUGGGCUGGCGUUUGAGAUUGCGGCGGAUAGGCAGAAGUCACAGUGGGUGCAGGAGAAGAAAGAGAAGAAGCAUAGUGAGGAGUUCUUGACGAGGGGGUUGUGGGGGAAGAGUCGGCAUCCGAAUUACUUUGGGGAGAUGACGCUGUGGACGGGGAUCGCGGUUGCGGCGGGGGGAUUGCUGGUGAGGUAUCCGGCGCAGGUUGGGUUGGGGCUGUCGGGGGCAUUUGGGGGAAGGGCGACGGUUUUGGGGAUGGCGGCGGUUAGUCCGGCGUUUGUGUCGUUCCUACUGUUGAAGGUUUCAGGAAUCCCACUCAGCGAGAACAAGUACGAUAAGCGAUAUGGUGAUCGCAAGGACUACCAGCAUUGGAAAGAGACUACACCAAUGCUUUUUCCGAAGUUUUGGUAG